CACUAUAAUUACUUCCGCUGCAUUUUGCACAGGCUUCUUGUUUUAUAAUCUUUGGGCUCUUAUUUUCUUUGUACUUUUUCUCCAGAAGAUUGCAUUAACUCACAGUUUCAUGGCAUCUAAAGAGUCCGCCGACAACAACCCAGGUCUCCAAACUUCGCCGGAUGAGGCCACCAAAGGCUAUUUCUUGCAGCAAACUAUGCUUCGGGUAAAAGACCCAAAAGUCAGCCUCGAUUUCUACUCUAGGAUUAUGGGCAUGUCCUUGCUCAAACGGUUGGAUUUUCCUGAGAUGAAGUUUACCCUAUACUUUUUGGGAUAUGAGGAUACAUCAAAAGCUCCUGGUGAUCCUGUUGAGCGCACUUCAUGGACUUUUGGUCAGAAAGCUGUUCUCGAGCUUACACAUAAUUGGGGUACUGAAAAUGAUCCUGAUUUCAAGAAUUAUCACAAUGGGAACUCAGAACCCCGUGGUUUUGGACACAUAGGUAUCACUGUUGAUGAUGUGCACAAGGCAUGCAAGAGAUUUGAGAGUUUGGGAGUUGAAUUUGUCAAAAAACCUGAUGAUGGAAAGAUUAAGGACAUAGCAUUCAUCAAGGAUCCUGAUGGCUACUGGAUUGAAAUAUUUGACACUACAACAAUAGCCAAAUCAACUGCUAAUGCUGCUGUUUGAUCCAUCUUAUGAUUUUUUGGUGAGUUUUUGCGCCUCAUAUUAUUUCUCAUGCAUAAAAUGCCCUUGUAUGUAAGUUAUGGAUGACCUACUCCAGAAAAUUCUGUAACCAAACCAAACCUUGUGUUUGCAACAGCAAUUUACUUUAAUUUUGUUGGAUGUGUGGGCUUUGGUUUUGAAAAGGAAAUUUACUGCAAUUUUGUUGGAUGUGAGUGUCUGACACUAACAUAAAUGCAGUUGUCCUUACAACUCAACAAUUAGACGAAUCGCGGGUCAUCCCCUUCCCCUCUUUGUACAAAAUGCGUUGAACCUAAAUUUCAGUCGGACACUGUGAAUGGCGAGUGGCGACAUGACAAAAAUUUGUGUUUCGUAAUUUAUUUUGUAUAUAUGUUAUUGUUUUGAAAUCAAGUUUGGUAUUUAAAGUAAAUA